AUGGCCCAGCCCGCCAAGGCCCACUACGCCAAGGCUAAUCCCAGGCUUGUCCAGCCCGAAAAACUUCAUCGGGCUGUACGUAGUGAUUCCAGCACAGAGAAGCGGACAGCCUGCAUCGAGCGGCAUGCCGGUGGGCCAACGGACCACAAAAUGCUCGUCACAUACCAUGAUGUCCGAGUAGCCUCCGUAAGUCGGAGUCCCGUCGAAAUAUUUGCUCCGGUACGUGAGGACCAUAUUUGGGCACUGGUUUUCGAGGUCGUCCUUACAGCUGGCGCACGUACGACACGAGCCUGCCAUGCAACCGACCCCAACUUGGUCCCCGACUUUGACCUUGGUCACGCCGGAGCCCACCUCGGUCACGAUCCCCGCAAUCUCGUGGCUAAGGCAUGGGAAAGAAUAAUAGAAAUACCCGGGGAGAACGGGGUAGGUGACCCGGCCCGUCUCGUUCUUCACGCUGUGGAGAUCCGAAUGGCAAACCCCACAGUACAAAAUCUUCAAUUUCACGUCUUUUUCCCCAGUUGCCCUUCAAAGGUUGAGGAAAUAAGAUAUGGAAAACAGAUAAAGGGAACAAAAACAAGAAAAGAACAAGAAAUAAUGUACUUAACAAAACAGUUAACCAAAGAUUAG